UUCCGGACCGAUCGUCAAUCGCACCGCCAUUUCGGCCCACGAAGAAGAGACUGAAAGACACACAUGCACCCAGUUGAGACUGACACACACACAUGCACUUGCACACACAGUCUACAGAGUUAAAACUCGAAGUAAGCACAUGGCAUACGUACAGGCAAACUCAGAAUCGGAAUCUUUAGCACAACUGUUUCUCGGGAAAAAACACAGAUCUCAGACUGAAACUUUGUGGGUCGUAACACAACAGAAAUACAGAUACGCGUACGCAGAGAUAUACAGAGGGGGGGGAGGAGGAAGAAGGGUAGCAGGGGAAGAGGGAGGGGACAAGAGGGGGGGAGCAGCCAAGCAGCAUUAGCGACAAGUGGUGCUGCUACCAGCAUGUACUAUCUGAAGGUUCAUACGGUUGGUGAGGACCGGCUGCAGCCGCCGUCUGCAUGUGAGAGCUCCGUCGAGUGGGGCUCGGUUUGUGGAAAGGAGUCGGUCAUGGCCGCCAAUGGUCCGAUCAGCUCCGAAGAGGGUAAUCCCCCAGCGGCGGCUAUGGUGUCCAUGGCAGGAGAACCCGUCGUUGCGGCAAUGGCGUCCGUCUCCGAGAAUGGAAGAGUCAGAGGUGGUGGCCGUAGAUUUGGUGAAGAUGACGAUGAUGAUUCCGAUGAUGAAGAUGAUGAAGAUGACAACCAAGCUCGCAGCGAUGUCAAUGGCUUUGUCCUACCGGAUCGCGAUGGCGGCGAUGGCGGCAAUGGCGAUGAUGGUGUCGAUGGCGGCGAUGUCAGCGAUGGCGAUGAGGACGGCGAUGGCGGCGAUGGCGGCAGUACGGUGGAACGGAUCAUCGGUAAUCGGAGCUCGAUAUCUUUCUCGUCGGGAAACCCUAGGGUCGAAUCUUGCAACGGUGUUGUUCAUCUAUAUAGAGACGUCAACGCUUAUCCUGGUACACGUGGCAGUCUUCCACUGGCUCGAUCUGACCAGCUGUGUGUUUUGGCGGUUCCGAUCCAUUUUUCCGUUGCGGAUUUCUGUCAGUUUGCUGGCGCGUUUUUGUCACAAACCAGCGAGAUCCGGAUCGUGAGAGAAGUUGGCGAGGUGGGAGAGGUGGGUGGUUCUUCGUCGUCGCGAUACAUGGUCUUGAUGAAGUUCCGGGAGCAGAGCGCUGCUGACGAGUUCUUCAGAGUGUAUAAUGGCAGGUCAUUCUCGUCGCUAGAGCCAGAGAUCUGUCACGUUCUGUACGUCGUCCACGUGGAACUCACAGACUCCGCAGAGCGCGCCGCCACUCCUCCCUCAGGAUUGACGGAACUGCCCACGUGUCCUGUCUGCCUUGAGCGGCUCGAUCAACACAUCAGUGGCGUGCUUACUACGGUCUGUAAUCACUCCUUCCAUAGCGCUUGUAUCUCCAAAUGGGGUGAUUCGUCUUGUCCUGUCUGUAGGUAUUGCCAGCAGCAACCAGAGAAGUCCACUUGUACUGAAUGCGGAUCGUCGGAGAAUCUCUGGAUUUGUCUUAUUUGUGGAUACGUUGGAUGCGGACGGUAUGAAUCUGGUCAUGCUAUCUGCCAUUGGCGGGAAACGCAGCACUGUUAUUCCCUGGAGUUGGAGACGCAGCGAGUAUGGGAUUACGUUGGUGAUGGGUGGGUGCAUAGAUUAAUACAAUCGAAGACUGAUGGCAAAUUGGUAGAGCUACCAGCGCCUUGUACAGUUAAGGUGGGGGGGACCACAUCGAGGGACAGUUGCAAUGAGUGGGGAGGAGGAGGAGGUGGGGGGGGUUGCAGCAGUGCUGCUCAGGAUUCCGACCUGGAAGAAGCGGUGAUUAGCAGCAAGCUGGAGGCUCUGUCCUUCGAGUAUAAUCACCUUCUCACGAGCCAGCUGGAAAGCCAGCGGCAUUACUUUGAGGCCCGCCUAGCGGAGGCGGAAGAGAAAGCUGUCUCUGUCAAAGUGCAAAAACUCGCUGCCAAAUUAGAUAAGGUGGAGAAGGAAAAACGUUUUCUAGCUCAGCUCAAUGAGCAAUUAGUGAAGAAUCAGAAAGAAUGGCAAAUGAAGCUGCAGGCGCAGGAAGAGAGGCUGAACAAGGUAAUCGAGGAGCGCGGGAGACGGAUUGCUGAGCUGGAGGAGGAGAAUCGGGAUCUGAUGGCGCAUCUAGGCUCGCAGAGAGUGCUUGAGAACACGGCGGAUCUUCGCGAUGGAACGGUCCUUCCCAUAUUGGCUCCGCAAUCGUCGGCUGUGGGAGGAGGGGCAGGAGGAGGAGGGAGAGAGGGGUCUGGCGGUUUGGGAUCGGGGUCGGGGUCUGCAGGAGGGAGACACAGAGGGGGGAAAGGCCAUCGACGGCACAAAUGAUCAUUGUUGUGGCUUUUGGAGGAAACUAUGUGGCGGGAAAGUUCAUUGCUAGGAAGGUUAGUACACUGAGCAGUUUUUAGAGGAAUAUAUAAUGCUUUCCUUGUUUUUCUGAGAGCUGAUAAAAGUUCAUAAAACUU